AUGUCUAUCGAAGGUCGCGUUUAUACGAUUACGGGUGCUGCGUCGGGGAUUGGUCGAGCAGUUGCCAUUCGCCUUGCGGAGCUGGGUGCCGCUGGGCUUGCACUUAGUGAUUUGAAUGUGAAAGGUCUCGAAGAGACAAAGAGCAAAUGCGCCACAUAUAACACAAAAGUCGUCAUAACACGGGUCGACGCUAGUAAAAGUGACCAGAUUGAAGAAUGGAUUGCAGCAACAAUUCGCGAUUUUGGACGCUUGGAUGGCGCCGCUAAUGUGGCUGGCAUCGCGGAGGGUGACGGCGAAACAACAUGCGCGACGAUUAAGACGGAAGAUUGGGACAAGAUGCUCGACGUGAAUCUUAGGGGAGUCAUGUUUUGCAUGCGAGCACAGCUCCCUCAUCUGCCCCGUCCUGGCGGUGCUAUUGUUAAUGUUUCGAGCACUUCUGGCCUCCGCGGUCUUCCGCACAAUGCUGCAUACGCAACAAGCAAGUUCGGUGUGAUCGGGUUGACCGAGUCUGCUGCUGGAGAGUUUGGCCAACAUGGUAUUCGCGUGAAUGCAUUGCUCCCUGGUCCGAUUGAUACUCCUAUAUUCCGUGACGGUGAAGCCAAAGGUCUGUUUAGUUCAGAAAUGACUAGUCAGGCCACAUGCCUCAAACGCAUGGGCAAACCAGAUGAGGUUGCCAAGGUACUUUGUUUCCUUCUCACCGAUGAUGCUUCAUAUGUGACUGGAUGCCACUGGACCGUUGAUGGAGGAUACAGUGCAUGCUGA